AGGAACAGGCAAUGGUGAAAGCGGUUAGUCAAUCCACUCCGGAGUCCGAGUCAAGCACCUGGACGCGCGGAAACGAUAACGUUGCGAGAGGGAAGGACAGAAUAUGCUAACGAGAACAGAUGCAUGCCGCCAUGGAAUCGUGUCCCGUGAAGACUGUGAUCUCCGGUACGAUGGGAUUCGGUCUUGGUGGUGUGUUUGGAUUGUUUAUGGCUAGUAUGUCCUACGACUCAACCUUCACUCCUCAAGGAAAAGCCAUCAUGGACCUCCCCUGGCGUGAACAAGUCCGCCGCGGUUUCAAAGACAUGGGCUCCCGCUCCUGGUCCUCGGCCAAGAACUUCGGUAUUGUGGGUGCCUUGUACUCGGGCACGGAAUGCUGCGUUGAGGGACUGCGCGCGAAGAACGAUCUCUCGAACAGUGUGAUCUCGGGCUGUAUCACGGGUGGUAUUCUCGGUGCGAAGGCGGGUCCUCAGGCUGCCGCGGCUGGUUGUGCGGGUUUCGCGGCGUUUAGUGCGGCGAUUGAUGCUUAUAUGAGGAUGCCGAGUGAGGAGUGAGUGAGUGUGUUUGUGUGUGCGUAUAGAGUUGACGUAAUUCUGGGUGGGCGUUUUUGUUUGGGAUAGAGCGGCAUUUUGUGGGCGUUUGGGGUUACUUCUUUUGCUCUUGGGGUGGGACUCACUGCUCUCAUGGGUUGGGGGUUUUGUAUUAUGGGACUCACUGCUCCGAUUGUAUUAUAGUGUAUAUGAGGUUAGAAUUGUAUAGACUAUCUACGCUUUAGUAUUUAUGGGUUUAUGGGGUGGGAUGCGGGUUGUAUUGUAGUUGAGCUUUAGUGAAGAUAUAGGGC